CUCCGCCCCACUGAAAUCAGCACCAGCGCUCCACACUGACGCACUACACUGAUGACAACACAACAAAAAUUUAAGCUGUCUCCAACAUAGCGCCUUUAAGUUUGACCCAAAGCUUAGGAAAUAACAAAACAAGUCAUGUUUCGCGUAAGGGAGCCGUUUGAGAGCGAGAAGCUUCAGCUCCAGGAGCUCAACCAAAGACUCGGCCAGUACUUACUGCGCGCCAAACAGUUGGAGCAAGAAAACGCUGGUCUGAUAAAAGAAAUAAACACUAUCCGACAAAACAGGUCUGGAGAAUGGGAUGACAAACACAUGUUAGAGUUACGGGAAAUGAGAAGACUGGUGGAGCGCCUAUCUUUCGAGAAAUGCAGGGCAGAAAUGGAGCGAGAGAAGCUGCGCGAUGAACUUAAGAUGCUUCAAGCGAUGCGCUCAGACGAGGCUUCGAUAAGCAAAGCCAUCGACGGUGACUUAAAAGGUUGUCAUAGGCAGCUUCAUCAGGCUUUUCAGACCAACAGUGCUUUGGAGGAUCGUCUUAUUCAGCUUGAAAACGAAUACAAGUUUCUGGAAGAUGCUCACAGAAAUGAAGUGGCUCGCAUGCGGGACCAGGUGCGCUCACGCGCUGUGUGCGUUGUCACUCAAACGCAUCACGCUCCUCCAGCAGUAACGAUGGAAGAGGUGCAGCAGUAUGCGGCCAACUUUACCGAAAGCCGGAAAGAGACCUUGGACAUGUAUCGACUAAGGGUGGAGGAAAUUGAAGAGUCUAUAAAAGCGGACCAGGCGCGUCUGGAGGACAUUCAGAGGGAGAAAAAGAAAUACGCUUCACAAUUCAACAAGCUGCGUGAAGAGAUCGAGAAGCAGACGCACGUGCAGCUGAACCUUGAGGAGCAGCUCCUGAACAUGCAAGAACAGUUCAGAGCUGAUAUUAAUCAGUAUCAGGCUAUUAUUGAGGAUCUGGAGUAUGAGCGCAGAAUGCUGUCCAACACUAUAUCUGAGAAGUUAAAGGACCAUCAGGAUCUCUUGCAGGUCAAGAUGGGCCUCGCUAUGGAAGUGGCAGCAUACAGGGCACUCUUGGAAGAAGAAGGAAGACAUGCUGAAAUGUGGUCCAAUCAGCAUUCAAGAGAAAGAAUAAUAGAUAUAAAAAUGCCAUCCCAACCCUACACUCCACGAGUGUCCUCCACUCCAGCACGUCGGCUAGAUAUGAGACAGCAAUUCACAGGAUAUGAUGUUCACAGGAAAUACACGGAGCCCAUUUCCAGCAUGAGACCUUCAGCUAUAUCAAGUCAGCUUCAUUCUCAUGGAUCGUCAAGGAUAGUGCCCAUCAGCGUAUUAAAUCGUCCCCACCAAAGUCCUGCUUCAAGAAGAGACAUGAUUUCCUUCACCAAAGCAGCACAGGGAUCUGCUGCCAGUACCACAGCACCUGGUGUCUCUUCUUCUGAGAUGAGGAGAGAGAUGGAUGUGAGAAUUAAGAGAAAAGAGAUUUCACCCGAGCACCCACCGCCAAAAUAUGAAAGUAUUUCCAGCCCUAAAGUCUCACAUAUAACACAACCAAAGCCAGUAAAAGUGGUAUCACCUACUGUAAGUGUGAGCAAGGCAACCAUUGAAGAAAGUCAUCAGAAAGAUGUUGAACCAAAGAAAAUGCAAUCCGACCAAGAUGCAUACCAAUCAAAGACAACAAUAACGGAAGAAAAACAGUACGUCAAAGAGUCAAAAGCUAAAGAAGAGAGAGAAUUUGAAAGCCACCAGAAAGUAACAGACAAAGCAAAAGAAACAAUGAAAGAAGAAACGCAUCACGUCAAAAUAAAAGAAUCAGAUGAGGGAGAGUCUGAAAAUGUAGGACCCAAGGUAUUUGUAGGUAAGGAGCAAGUAUUAGAUGCAGUGUCUAUGGAGGAAAUCAUUCAGCGGGUCAUGAAACCUGCUGGAUUGGAUCCUAAGCUCAGCUCAUCCCCAGACUCAAAAGUCACAUACCAUGUAGAGAAAACUGAGCAAGAGGAUGGAUCCACCAAGACCCAGAUUGUCUUACAAUCUAAAGUGGAGGAAGAGCUGGACCUGGAGGAUGAUUUUGGCAUGGAGGAACUUCUCAACAAAGGAGUCAAGAAAGUGACCCUGGAGAACAUCAAAGGAACCCCAACAGGAAAGAUGAUCGAGAACCUGCUGAGUCUUGGCCUUGAAGGUGAGAGUUUGGAAAACAUGUCAGUAAAUGUGGAUAUAAUAGAGGAACCUGUGGAGUCUCCGUGUGUUGAGGAAAUAGAGGAGAGUUUUGAGGUUAAAGCUAAACAACCAGAGGUCGAUCCUUCGUCAAUGUUCUUUCAAAUUGAGGAGCAAGAGAGUGACACAAAGCCUUAUGCUGAAGCCUCACAUGAUGGCGAGAAUAGCUCUGUGCAGGUUCAAGAGAUCACCAAAGAUGAAAGUUUACUUUACGUCUCCCAAGGUCAAGAGCCACAAGAGUACUUCGUCUCCACACCUGGAGAUAAUAUGUCUGAAUCAGAGGAGGAUGAGAUGGUUAUGUCUUAUACCCACUAUGGAGUUGUGGAUGAUCUGUCUGAUGAAAGAUAUUACCAGGAAGAGGAGCACAAAAUGCACACUGCUGAGGGACACAGCUACAGAGAUUCACCUGAAUAUGACGACCACUCAUUUGUGAGAGACAGCAUCCCAGAGUGCAUUGAGGAGGAGGUGCACGUCUCUCCAACAUUACAACGUUCAAUAGUGGAGAUCCUGAGGGAGGAGUCAUUAGAUCCUGAACAGCAGCUUCGGGGAGCAUUAGAGCAAAUCCAAGAUACAGUUUCUGGAGCCUUGAAAGAAGAACUUGCAUUUUUUACUAAAGGCAGGGAGACACCGGAAAACGUCUCUGUGGACAUCAAAAAAGUGGAACAAGGUGCUGACACCAUGACUAUUGUGGCAGAGCUUAAUGUAUCACAGACGUUGGAAGAGUCUGGGCUGCUGGAUGAACAAGGAGAUGAUCCAUCUGAAGAGCAGAUCAUGGCAGCGCUGAGCUCAUCCCAUCCAAAACUCCAGCAGGCCCUCAGCGCCGGAGCUGGAAUGGGAUACACUGUUAAAGUUUCCAAAGAGGAGUAUCAAACAGAGGGAAUGCCGUGGAUGACGAGCGAUGACGAACUUGCACAAUGGAGCACAAGUGAUGAGGUCAGCAAAACGGAGAAACGUAUCAAACUUGGCCCGACCGAGAGUUCUUUCACUUUUCAAAUAGAUGCGACUGAUGGCUCUGGAUCUGCGAGCGGAGGGACCUGUGAAGCUGAAGAACAAAGAGAAGCAACUGAGUUUUUGCAGACACGGAUGGUUGACCCCCACUUGAAGGUCUGUCACGAGAAAAGAAUCGCAACUGUAUAUCUUGAAAACCCCAAAGAUGACUAAGCAGAUGGAACUGCCCUUACGAAUGACAUUACAAGAUAAAAUAAACUAAAUUUGGAUAAAAGCAAGAAGAUCUGGUAGGCCUGAAAUCCACAAUUCAGAACUGAUUUUCUGUUAUAACACAUAUAUUUUUUUGUAUCUGGACAUUUUCUUUAGCUUUCCAUUUUUUUAAUUUAGCUAUUUUGAGAAAAUAUAAAAAUGUAUUUAGUUUCUGUGGCACUCAUAAAGUUAUUUCAGGAUAUUUCAGUCACAAUAAUUUUUGGUUACACCCAUAAAACUUGUAGUGUACUGUGAUCUAAAGGCCACAGUGAAAGCAACGGGUGGGAAAUGCUAUACUGUCCUUCCUGUCUCGAAGAGAUCUCCUAAUCCUUAAAUGACAUUAGACCUGCAAUGACUUAUCUACCGUCCUGCUCUUUCAGGAUGACGCAAUUUCAUUGCUGUGGUUACAUACAGAUACAGAUAGAGAGAGAGGGAGGGAGAGGGAAAGCAGUAGUGUAGAAAUCCCACAGUAAAAAAAUAUGUGCUGAGCAGUUUACACAGAAGUGUGUAAGAGCUUCAGGAAUAGCUGCUGUAGUCGUGUCUGUGUCACAGUCUAUUACUCAGAAUGAGGAUUCAACUCCAUUAAAGGAAGGUGUCUAAUGAGCGACUAUUUUUAGAAAUUAUACCCCGUCUUUAAACCUUUUAUACACACCUUACUGUAAAGCAGUGUAGCAGUUUAAGACUAAAGCAUUUCCUCUAUUUUUGUAAUACGUACCGAUACGUAUUUCUGGUAAUAAUGUUGGGGUAUAAAAGUAUGUUUGGUGACAAUAACAUAGUAUGUAUGUAAAAUGUGCUUUUUACUUUCAUUUAAUCUCAUUUAGCAUUUCAAUUACAAGUAUCUUUUCUGCAUCACUAUCAACUUCUGAAAAACUACAAGAUGCUUAAAGUACAUGUAUGGUAUCGAGGGAUUAUGUUAAAGGUCACGUUCUUACUGAUCCCAUUUUUUAAACCCUAGUUAGUGUGUAAUGUUGCUAUAAUAGCAUAAAUAAUACCUGUAAAAUGAUAAAGCUCAAAGUUCACUGUCAGGCGAUAUAUUUUCUUUAACAGAAUUCACCUUUCAAAGCCUACAGCGAACGGCCGGUUUGUACUACAGUCCUCUACUUCCUGCUUUAAUGACGUCAGUAGAAGAGUUUUUUGAGUAAACUCCGCCCACAGGAAUACGGCAGUCGCCAGCUAAGCUAACGGCAAGCUAAGCUGCUAUCGAAUCGCAACACACUAAACAAGCUACACAAUCAAAACCCGAUACGUAUUUCUGAAGGAGGGACUUCAUAGAACAAGGAAGACAUCAGUAAUUUUUUAGGACAGUGAAACAGCGCUAUACAGAUAAGUAAAUUGUGUAAAAAUCCAGCGUUUUUUUACUCAUUAAACACAAACACAUGUUUUAUUGUGCACUGUAAACACAAUCAAAGCUUCAAAAACACAGAAAGACAGGACCUUUAACAAUGAAUUCAAUAUGGAUAAUAUGAUUAACACAUAAGUGCUGUGCUUCCGUACAUAACAUACAUUUAUUGGCAUUGCUUGAGAUGCUUUUCAGCACCAAAUUAUCUUUGAAUCUAUUAAUAGGGCUAUGUGACUCGGCGUGAACGCUGUGCAUGUGCUUAUGCUGCCAUAACAGAUUUACAGUAUGCUGUACAGCACGUAUUGAUUGUUUUGGCUUGGCAGACCGCAGGUAUAUUUGAUCCUCUGAAAUGAAAAUCACUAAAGGGAUGUAUUGUGUGCAGUUUCACUCUUCAGAUAAAGACUCACUGUGUAGAUAGAUUCACAAUAAACAAAACAUUUCAGACAGCGUUACAGAGUUCUUGUUGUGAAUCCUGCUGAAUUCUGUUAAAACAUACACUAAAAGAAUAAUAAAACUCCUUUCUAACAGUAUUA